GGUUAAAGACGUUCUACAGUGAGAUGUAGGUCAAGGAGAUACAGUGGCAGCAGAUUGCUCAUUAAGUGCCAAACCAAGCAAAAGUCUCCGAGUGUGUUUUUCAUUGGCAACAGGCCGGCCAUCUGCUCCCCCUUUAUUCGUUCAUUAGCAUGUCUUCUUUGUGUGCGCGUGGACGUGUGCAUGUAUCUGUGUGCGAGCAUUCAUCACAACAGCGCUCGCCGGCCAAUAAGUGUGCAACGUCACGGGUGUUGUUGUCCAAAGCCAACAGUUGUGUGUCAGAUGGCUCGGUCACGUGACCGCGGCGGCUCGCCAUUGGCCGGCGCGUUGAGCUAAAAGAGCUUGCCGCAAUCCGGGCUCGUGAGUUUUUCUCCGGUGACAGUGACUGCGAGGAGAGUGCGGAUACCCCAAAGGAUCUAACUGCGAGGAAUCCCCGAAGAAACCCGGGAGAAGGCGAACAGAGUAUAAAGGAGCGGAAGGAGACAAGAAAAACAAUUAAGGGAUGACAUAGCCAAAGAAAUGAGGAUCCUACAGCUGAAUGAAUGUGUGAAAAUCUCGUGCUUCAACCAAAACAACUGACAACACAAGGGGAGCUGUCCCGACCCAACCAAAGUACUUUUUUUUUAUGCCAAAGCAACUCCAACCAAACAGAACAAAAAAACCAAACUGAACAUCCCCGAAGCCUGAGCCCAGCACCUACGGCACAUUGCAUAUUGUCGAGAUGAAGCUGGAUAACGCGCCAGGAGACAUGAGCGGCUGGAGGGAGCUGGACUUCGCCCUCAACUGCACCUACAUUGUGCCCGACCAGGUGUCGGACCCCGGUUUCAGCCUGCCCAAAGCCAUGACCUCCGUCCCGCGCAAUCUCACCUUCGAGUACGGCGCAGACAAUGAGGUGACAGGCGUGUUCAGCAAGGAGUACAUCCCCCAGGGGACACGCUUUGGGCCCCUGCAAGGAGACAUCUACACCAAAGACAACGUACCCAAACAGGCCAACAGAAAAUACUUCUGGAGGAUCUACGGCGGUGGCCAGCUUCAGAACUUCCUCGAUGGCUACGACGUCCACAGGAGCAACUGGAUGCGCUACGUCAACCCGGCGCGCUCCAUGGCCGAGCAGAACCUGGUGGCGUGCCAGAACGGCCGCGACAUCUACUUCUACACCCUCCGGCCGGUGGAGCCCAACCAGGAGCUGCUGGUCUGGUACAGCCAGGAGUUCGCCCAGAGGCUGUGCAGCCAGCAGGACGACAUCAAGCAGAAAUACAUGGGUGCCGAUGACGACCAAGAGCCCGAGUACGCCAAGCACCUGCCUCGGCAGGCGUGGCUUCAAGAACGGACAAGGGAGGAGGUGAAAGAAGAGAGGGAUGAGGAGGGAGAGGAGAAGAUCGACGUGGAGAUGCUGGAGAGAGACACGCCGCCCGACACGCCCGACGAGCAGAUCAUGGACUUCAGCAAAAAGGUCGAGAAGGAGGAGAGGGGCGACAGCGAUCCACAGGACCGCGGGAUCAGUCACUCCCCUCGGACUGAACACAGAAAACCCAGCGUGGGCUUGAGUCACCCAUACUUAUCGGGACACCACCCAGUGCUCCCGUCCCCGCACCGAAAUCUCCCCCUCCAUCUCCACGGCCUCUACGGGCACAGGGAGGGGCUGGUGUCGUCUUACCCUCUUUACCAACAGCCCAGACCCCUCCAGCCCCCCUACCCGCUUCUGCCGCCCUACGGGCCGCACUAUCCUCGCCUCCUCCUCCCCUCGUACUCCCCUCCCUUUGCAGGAAUGCUGCCCUCAAGAGGACCCCUCCGAUACAGCAACUACCUGGGCACAGAUGGACUCCCGUACCCCCCCAUCGGCUCGCCGAAUCUACUUCCGGUGUCCCUCCCCUACCCACCGUCUCCGCAGGGAGGUCUGAAAGAACUGACGCCCAAUGUGUCCCCACCGCGGGGCGCCCCGGCCACACCAGAGCUCUCCCCUCUCCCCAAGCUCGACAGCCAGCAUCAGACCGCUGAGCAGUCGCCCACUGGCUGCGAGGAGGCCAUGAACCUAAGCCUGGCUAUGACCAAAGGCAACACGGCGCCACGCAACGGCCCGGGCCACAAAUCGCUGCCCUACCCGCUGAAGAAGCAGAACGGAAAGAUCAAGUACGAGUGUAACAUCUGCUCAAAGACUUUCGGACAACUGUCAAAUCUCAAGGUCCACCUCCGAGUGCACAGUGGCGAGAGGCCGUUCCAGUGUAACUUGUGCAAGAAGAGCUUCACUCAGCUGGCCCACCUCCAGAAACAUCACCUGGUCCACACGGGGGAGAAACCACACGAAUGCCAGGUGUGUCACAAACGCUUCAGCAGCACCAGCAACUUGAAAACGCACCUGCGUCUCCACUCCGGAGAAAAACCCUACCAGUGCAAGCUGUGCAGCACCAAGUUCACCCAGUACAUCCACCUCAAACUGCACCGACGCCUCCACAGCAGCCGCGACCGGCCCUACCGCUGCCAGCUGUGCGCCCAGACCUUCUUCCACCGCUUCUCCCUCCGCGUCCACCAGCGCGGCGGCUGCCUGGCCGGCGCUCCCGCCGGCGUGCACGUGAAAGAGAUGGUGGAGCGGUUCGACGCCAGCCAGGAGGCCGACGCGCUCAUAGAGACGGCGACUGCGCCGCAGGUGGAGGAGGCCGUGGAGCGUUGGUUGGCUCGCACCCUGGAAGGCGAGGGCAAGGAGGAUCAGACGGAGGCCACCGUGCUGCUGAAGGCUCUGACGGCGGCAAUUAACGCACCGGCAAUGCCCUUGGCCCAGGCGGCUGCGCCGGCGUCCCAUCACAGCCCGCCGCUGGCCUACCCGGAGAGGGCCAGCGUCGUCCACCUCCACAAGCGGCCGACGGUGAAGACGGAGGGACAGUGAGAAAGGAAUUGCGGAGGGGAGAAAAAGGGAUAAAGAUGAACAUGCAGCGUAUCAUGAAACAAAGAAAAACAGAUGUCGCCAAAUAAAACGCCCUAUUUUUGCCCAUGAGGGGCAGAGCCGGGGAACACGCACUGUCACAAUCCACCGAGCGCAACACCAAAAGAAGAGCAAUCCAAAGACUGGGCGAUGGGGAUUCAGCGAUUGUAUUUCCUCCCACAACCUCAGUUUAGAAAAAGAAAGGAGGGAGGCGCUGUCAAGCUGUGAAGUAUUUAAAACUCUUUUCACUCAGGUAGAGAAGUGUUUGCUUUUUGUGCUUUAACUUAUUACUUUUUAUUUUUUUUUUAAUCUUUAUUCGAGUCAUCUCUAUUUAUUUAGUUUCGUCAUAGUUUGUUUUUCGCUCGUUAGCGUUUUUUUCUUCUUCUUCUUUUCUACGUUGACAUUUCCGCGGGGGAGAUUGGAUCUCCAGGGGGAAACACCCCACAAACGGACUCAGGAACAAAGACACGUGGAGGAGUCGUCACUUGUCACAUUGUGUGUUGUUGUUAUUACUUUUGUGCGAGGGUGUGUUUGAGCUUCUGGAUGCGUGUGUACAGUGAGUGGGAGUGUGUGUGUGUGUGUGUGUGUGUGAGAAGACGGAGCACAGUGAAAGCACAAACCAACUUCCUGCUCCUCAACUGUUUUUAUUUAUUUAUGAUUUAUUUUUAUUUUUUUUGUGUGUGUAAAAAGGGGGAAAAAAAAUCUGUUAUCUUGAAAACUGUUGACGGAUAUAAGCGAUUGCCAAAAUUACAAUGAAAGAACAUGAAUGUGUAGCAGGAUUUUUGUUUUUAAGGAAAACGAUUCAGCAUUAUUCAUAACAUCCUGUCAGGGUUUAGCCAGAAAUGUCACACGGCUAAUUUAGCGAAACCAAAUGCCACGGAGAGAAUCCCGUGAAGAAAAGGGCUUUUAUUCUUUAUUCUUAACUUAAAUCCAAAAACCUCCGAGUGUGUUGCUAUGUAGCUUUUUACCAGGCGGAAAAGGAUUCAGAUAUUUCUUACAUACACAGCUUUACUGUACACGUGUGUAAAGUUCAUCCAAAUGUCAUUCUUGAGACAUCGGUACCUCGUUUUCAGCACUGAACGUUAACAUUUUUGUCACUUAGCACUGGAAUAAAAAUGCAACUAGAUCUGUCUGCUUUUGGUCUUUCCUAAAAAAAAAUGUAAUAAAAGAAAGCAGGGAGCAGGAACUGUUCGUGAAAAAGUUUACAACUGAGUCAGUAAUAUCUUUCUACCAUUUUGUAGUGUUCUUUCCUUUUUAUACGACAUGUUUCUAUAUGUAGUUUAUUUUUUUUCCUUUCCGAAAGAAAUAACAGGUUAUGAGAUGUUGAGAAUUUAUACGUGAGAGACUAUUUUGAUGAUACUUUUAUAUUUACGUGAUGUAGCAUAUUAAAGAUAUUCUUUCUAUA